AUGAAGGAGGGACGUUUGUGACGCCCCUCUGUCCGCUAGAAGAUUGGAUGGACAUGACUGAGGCUUUACGCAGUCUGUUUGUCCUCAUCUGAAGGUUGAAGUCAAACGGUCUGGCUCUGUCACAAUCUGCAUGGACCAGAUAUUAAACGCUCGUCCGACUGAAAUGUCUCACCGUUGGAAAUGCAGCUGCACGUCUAUCUGUUGCUUUUUCUCUUCACAACAGAUAAAACCCUGGCCUCGUUGAACCAGCAUUGUGGUGGAAAUGUCACCUUGGACCAUGAACCUGUUGGCCACAUCAACCUCUCUUUACCUGACUUCUUUAAUAACACAAAUGGGCUCAGCUCCAUUAACAAGCAGCCUGGGGAAAAUUUACCUCUCUCAAAUUGCACUUUGAUGCUAGUUAUUCCUCUGGGUAGGAAGGUACUCUUAAAGUUAGAGUGGAUGGAUAGGCAUUCAAGUAUCUCUGUAAGAUGUGGUGGGCAAGAUCAGAUCUUUCAGAUCCAUCAAGAAACUAUGCUGCUCUCUGACUGUGACAAAAACAAAGCCUUCCUCAGUUGGACAGGACCAGGAAUUUUCUCAAAUUCAAUUCAGCUGGUUUAUUAUGUUCAGGAAAAUGAGAAAAAUUCCACGGCGGGUGGGUCGGCCUACAAACAAGAUGGGAACCCUACUGGUUGGAACGAGAAAGGGGCUACCUUUGCUCAAGAGAUGGUCAGGGGUACGGAGGAGGGCAGAAUCCGUGUCUCGCAGAGUUUUGGCCCUCAUUCUGAGUCAACAUCCCCUCAGGACGAGAAGUUGGUGCAGCCCACCUCAUCCCAGUGGGGACACCCAGUCAGUGGGAGAACUGAUAGGGAAACUCUCCCUCUUCCUGAGGAAGAACAGAACAAUGGAGCGGAUACAUCUGGAGCUGCUCACCUCACUGAUGAUCCCAUGACUGCCAUAACACGCCCAUAUUUUCAGCCCACAGUCAGUGCAGACACCAAAUCCCAAACAGAAAAUCGCACUGGCGUAACCCAAGGGCAAACUGAGACAUCCUGGACGGCUGAAAAAGUCAGUCUUUCCAUUACCACAGAUUUACAAAGUUCUACAUCUACAAAGACAGAGGGACCAAUAACAGAGAGGGAUGAAUCUACAGCUCAGACAAACCAAAGUGUGUCCAUUUUUAGCAUGUCUAACUCUUCUUUUUCUGGGGUAUUGACAUGGAGCAAUACUUCGGUAGAUCCACAUGGUGGUGCUGUUGAUCAAAGUUUUGAAGAUAAACAAGCUCGCUCACACAGAUUUUACUCAACUCCAACCAUCCCCAUCUCUGAACAUUUAAAACCCUCCCUCAAACCUCCAAAUAGCACACACCCCACACUGCCAUCACACUCUUCCCCACCAGACUCAGGCAGUGCUCCUUCACCCACCACCUACGUUGCAGAGAUCUCCACUUCUUUGGGUACUGCGGAGAAUGCUUCACCUCAGCAACACACAGCUCAGAGGGAUUCCUCUUUGCCUGAGGUUUACACUAAGAGACCAGCUCUGAAGCCUUCUAAUAGACUUAAAAAUACAGAUGCUUUUUACACAGCAGCCCCUUCCACACAGAGUCAAAAAAACUCUACCCAAAACACAGAGGCCAGCUUACAUUCCCUGCAUUCCUCCUCUACUCUGACACAAACAAGUGGAAUAGAGACACAAACAGCAACAGAGGGCAUGCGAAGAAGUGGGACCGCUUUUUACCUGACCACCAACAUAAUCCAACGUUUGUUUAGCAAGGAGGGGUCUCUUUCUACAGUCAGACCAGAUGCAAUCAAAGCCCAGACCUCAACGUCUCCAUCAGCCAACAGGGAGAUGCCAUUUAUUCCAGUGACAGAAUCUCCCAAUGAUUCACCAAGUGUCUCAUCAACUCCACCAUAUGUACUCCCCACACAAACCAGACUUCCUGAUGAUACCCAUAUAACCUUAACGUCUUCUAUAAAUGAAUCCUUUACAGAUAUGAGCAGUAUGGACCCUAAAACUACACCAAAAUCCUCACAAAACUCUCUACUGCUCCUAAAGUCCUCUCCCACAGUCUCUCCAAAUAAACAUUUAAUCACCACUCCAAAAAUACCUCUGUUUCCGGUGAAAUCAGAGAGUGGGGAUGUUAAAGGGACCACAUUCUGGCAGUGGUCUCAAAGUAGCACAAUAAGUCAUAGUCCUCCAGAUGGACAAGCUCCAGCUUUUCAUCCCAGCCAGCAUAACAACUUUAGUGGAACAUCAUCAGCUUUGAACCCUACGGCCAGCGGCAGUUCAACACAGAGUCCUGUUUACUACAUUGUGCCAAACCAGCCUGCUACCAUCAGAGUUGAGUCAGUUGAGCUGCUACUGCAGAUAGUUCUAGAAGAUAUUCAUCCUGCUUCAGCUGCUGGUCUGAAGGAAGAUGUCAUGGCAUGGUUAGAGAUCCACAUGCAUAGAGCACCUGGCUUCAGUAAGCUGCUGGGCGUCUGGAGCAGCGGCCUUGCAGUGCAGAGCCUUGUUGUUUUUAAAACUAGUGAGGCUCUGCAGUGGCUCAGUAUCAGUGAACCCAAUUCACUGCUGGAACAAACAGGACUGGCUCAAGCUCUUCACCAUGGGAAGAUGUUCAGAUCAUCUAGGAUCACCAACAUCACUGUUGGAGGGCUGCAGGGGGAUGUUUGUGACUGGUUGCUCCAGUGCCCCUCCGGGUACAAAUGUGUCACCCAAACCAGCACUACUAACUACAGCUGCUCCUCAGCCUGUCACUUUGACUACUGCCACCACCAUGGCAUCUGCACACACCAUCCAGGCCAACUUCCAGUAUGCCGUUGUCUUGUAGGUGAGGACUUCUGGUACAUGGGUAAGAGGUGUGACAUUAGGAUGACUCGAGCUCGGCUUAUAGGUGUAUGCCUUGCCAUCUUACUCAUCAUAGUGAUGGCUAUUGGCCUUUUGGCCUGCCUGGCUGUGCGACACUAUCGAACCAUUCUGAUCCAGGCCAAAGUGGACCAAACUCGCAGCAGCUAUCGUAAGUUCAACCAUUUUGAUGAGCUGUCGGGUCGCUUCUGGCUACGUUCUUGGGCAGGAUCUGCAGACUCUCUGGACAAUCCUGCCUUUAUGCGCUCUGAUGAGCUCCUGCAUCUGCGGGCGCUUGACCGGCCUUGCUGUUACCAUGACGACACGCUGUCCCUGCCUUCCACCUGCCCCAGUCAUGGAACGCGUAUCAACACAAUUUAUCCCCACAGCUCCCAGUAUGGCUGGAGGGGCAGUGGGAUGAGUAUGGGGGAUGGUGUUUUGGACUCGGGGAAGGCCAGUGACCUCUCUGUGUGUAGCUGGCCUGUGGAACCCAUUCACUGGACGCCGUUCCCACUUCUUCAGCAGCUGGCAUCCCACAGGACCCCUACAGUCAGGGUGACACGACCCAGGUCCUACUGCGAAGGCAUGGAGCUGGUAGACAUGGGAAAGAGCUGGACUGCUUGAUGACGAUAAAGAACAAGAAAAAAUGUUACAUCAUUUUUAUAUUAAAAUGAAAUGUUUUACACAUAAAUGUUGAAAGAACUAA